AUUGCGAUAUGUUUGCCUUACGAAGAAGAUUAUCAAUUUCGCAAAUAGAUCAUUUUCUAGAUAUUGGCAUCAUUAAAAAUUACUGCAAAAAUAAUGAUAGCAAAAGUUCACCACUUAAGGGUUUGUUAGAUAAUGCAGCUUCAUUCAAUGAUUUGAAUCCUAGUUGCCCUGAGCAGGAAUGGGCUACCCUUCCUUAUUUAGAAGGAACAAAAAUCAGAAAACAAGGAGAAUUUUUCAGAAAAGAGAAACAUGAUGCCAGAGAAACAUCCAUUAUUUUGUUUCCCGGACAAGGAACUCAAUAUGUGGGGAUGACCAAAAAUUUAAUGAAAUUUCCUAUAGUUCAAGAUCUUUUCGAACUUGCCAAUUAUAUACUCAAAUAUGAUUUGCAAAAACUGUGCCUUGAAGGUCCAAAAGAGAAACUAGACCAAACAAAGUAUGCACAACCAGCUAUUAUGGUUGCUUCUUUAGCAGCUAUUGAAAGACUGAAGGAAGAAAGGCCGAAUGCUGUAGAUAGAUGUGUAGCUACUGCUGGAUUCAGCUUAGGGGAGAUAACAGCAUUAGUAUUUGCUGGAGCUUUGGAAUUUGAAAAAGCUCUACAACUAGUACAAAUAAGAGCAGAAGCGAUGCAGAUGGCUUGUGAAACAUACAAAGGGGGAAUGGCAACAGUGUUUCUUGCCCCUGAUAGUAAACUUAACUAUUGUCUUCUCAAGGCAAGGCAGUGGGCUACAGACAAAGGAGAUCAGAUGCCCGAGUGUAGAAUUGCUAAUUAUUUGAAUCCUGGAUGCAAAGUUAUUGCAGGCAGUAUUUCGGCAUUAGAUUAUGUGGAAAAAAACUAUAAAGAAUUCAAUCUGAAAAAAGUCAAACGGUUACCAGUGUCUGGAGCCUUUCACAGUGAGCUUAUGCGACCUGCUGUGCAACCCUUCAGAGAAGCACUCAAUUCCGUGAAAAUUUCUGAUCCUGUAGUUACUGUUUAUUCCAAUGUGGAUGGUAAGAGGUAUAACUCUGCACUUCAUAUCAAGAAGCAACUACCCAGUCAAAUUGUGAAACCGGUAAAAUGGGAACAAUUGUUACACUACGUUUAUGAAAGAGGGGCAGAUGAUUAUUUUCCAAAAUCCUUUGAAUGCGGACCCGGACAAUCACUGAAAGCAAUGUUACAGAAAGUGAAUGCCAAAGCUUGGAACUACUGCUAUAGUAUAGAAGCUUGAUUAAUGUGUAUGAAUAAACUCUUUUAAUCAAA